UAGGCUCCGCCCGGUCUCCCGGCAACGCCGCGGCCCCGCCCCCGCCAUGGCGCCGGAGGAGCGCGUGGGCACGGAGCGCCUGCUGCAGACUUUCGAGCGCCGCUUCCUGGCGUCGCGUGCGCUGCGCUCCUUCCCGUGGCAGAGCCUGGAAGAGGAGUUAAGGGGCCCGUCGGGGUCGAAGCUGCUGCUGGAUCUCGUGCAGAGGACCGCGAGACACCCGCUGUGUGUGAAGCACCCGCCGUCGGGGACCUACGUCCGGCGCUUUCUCUCGGAGCUCAUCAGAAAGCACGAGGCUGUGCACGCAGAGCCCCUGGACGAGCUGUACGAGGCGCUGGCGGAGGUCCUGGCCACCGAGGAGUCCACGCAGUGCCACCGGAGCUACUUGCUGCCUUCUGGAGAUGCGGUCACGCUCACGGAGAGCACCGCCAUCGUGGCGCACGGCACCACAGGCCUGGUCACGUGGGACGCCGCCCUGUACCUGGCAGAAUGGGCCGUGCAGAACCCAGCAGCCUUUGCUCACAGGACCGUCCUGGAGCUGGGCAGCGGGGCCGGCCUCACGGGCCUGGCCAUCUGCAGGACGUGCCACCCCAGAGCGUUCGUCUUCAGCGACUGUCACAGCCGCGUCCUCGAGCAGCUCCGCCAGAACGUUGCUCUCAACGGCUUCUCCUUGGAGCCAGACAUGACCGCAGACCCCCGGCACCCCGCGGUCACCGUGGCCCAGCUGGACUGGGACGUCGCCACGGACCUGCAGCUCUCUGCCUUCCAGCCAGACGUGGUCAUCGCCGCAGAUGUGCUGUACUGCCCAGACGCCGUCCUCUCACUGGUCGGGCUCCUGCGGAGGCUCUCGGGCUGCCGGAAGGAACAACAGGCUCCCGACGUCUACGUGGCCUCCACCGUCCGCAACCCAGAAACACCCCAGCUGUUCACUGCACAGCUAGGCCAGGCCGGGAUCCGCUGGGAGGUGGUGCCCCCUCACGACCGGGCUCUGUUUCCUUACGAGGAGCAGUGGGAGGUGGUGAUUCUGAAGCUGGCGCUGUAGGCUCCCUUCCCGGACAUGGUGAGAAAUCAGGAUCGCAGGCAGCGUGGGAAGACAGCUCCCGUGGAAACGCUGACAGUGCUGUCCCUGGGCUUGAACGCUGGGGGAAUGUUCCAUUCCACUCCGGGACCCACGGCCUUGCUCGACUCAAACGUGCACCAUUUCAGGCUCAAGAAAGCCACAGAGCACCUUUCCUUUGCGCAAAUGAAAAUGUGUAUCAAGUA